UGGUAUGCUAAAGAAUAUUUAUGAGGUGUGGCUAAAAUCAAGUCAUAUUAAAAGAGAAAGUUCCUCAAGAUAACUUUCCCCUAAAUCUACAUAUCUCAGAGCGGCUUCGAUUUUCCUCGGACGUUUGAGGGGAAUUUACACUUGCAAACAUGGCUUCAGUGAUUGUAGUGGUCCUUGCUGUAGUUUAUCUAUUCAUCCCUGCUGUGGUUUGCGCCGAAGUUUUGUGGAAAUUGGAAUGUCAGCCUACAGUUGGAAUUGCUGCGCAGACCACAGUUAUUAGAUGCCCUAUCAAACACAGUGGUCAAAUUGAAGUUUUUGGAGUUGCACUGACAAAAGUGAAACAGGAAAAGCCAGUUUUUGAACAUAUUAUAAAUAAGACACCAUUAGGAGACCCGCGAUUUAGUUUAGUAAACCCAGCAAAAGAUCCAUCUCUGCAAAUCUCUGACACUGUGUUUUCUGAUGAGGGUGAAUAUGAGUACUAUGUUGUAACAAACAUGGGUGAAAAAAGAGCAAGACUUAGCAUCAGUGUCGUAGCCAAUUACAGAGAUCCUGUCACAAGUUCAUGGCCUGAAAAUGUUACAGACGGAGGACCUGUCAACCUUUACUGCAAUGCUACUGAUGGCUACCCAGCAGGCACCAUUCAUUGGUUUGACAAAUCUGAAACUAAUCGGACCAUUGAUUCUAUAAUGACAAAAGCCAUCAAGGAAACCAAUGGUUCAAAAUCUGUGGCUUUAUCAAGCAAACUGUCUAUUGACUCCAGUCUGGCACCAUUUAGAUGUGUUGUCCUCAACAGCAAAUUUGUCAAGGAAGGAGAGAAGACAUUUCAGAUCAUCCUCAAACGGGAUUCUGAACAGGAGCAUUCUAAUACAAGAAACAUUGUUGCUGGUGUGAUGGUCAUUGGAUCACUUACUGCAGGUCUUCUGUUUUCUCUGUUGUUUUGCCAAAGAAGAAGUGUUCAGAAUGUUAGACGAGCUUCUGCCCAACCCAUACUAAGUGAUUAUGACCCAGGAAAAACUGCAGAUCCUGAUCUGGAAACAGGCACCGAAACCGGAGCAUUUUGUAACAGACACUGGAAAAAGAAAUGUUUAGUUAAAAAACAAAAUGCUUCAUUUGAUAAGAUCUGAAUUUACAGGUUUAAUUGUUGUUUAAGUUUCACUAACAAAGACAAUUUCUAAAGGGUUGGAUUAAGUAGAACUAAAAACUAAAGAUGACAAUUGAAGGUGACCAUUUCUUACAGUGUGGUUGACAUGACGUACUUUUGAAAUGUCCUGCAGUGUGAUAUGCUAUAAUACUAAAACCAUUUUAAACAGCAUUUUGCUAAUCCUUUAUAAUUAAUCAUGCAGAAUGUAUUAUCUCACAUUAAUUGAGAGACUGCAUGGAAUAUUUGUACUUUUAAAACUCAAUUUUUCACACUGCUGGACAUUGAAACAUUUAUAUUGAAACAUGCAUUCUUAAACAUGCAUAUACAUUUUUACUUUUUUUUUUUUAUAUAUAAAAAAAAAAAAACGUCCAUAAUAUUUGUGCCAGUAAGGACUGCAAGAAUGCAAAGAGGUUUUUCAAAAUGUUUAACUGUGAUUAUUGACUGCGAUUGCUGCUUCUUUAGUAACAAAUGUGGGUUUAGGGAGCAUAUGCAAUGUGUGUCCCUGUUAUAUUCAUCACUACAUCAGUCAUUUACAUUUACAUUUACAUUUAUGCAUUUGGCAGACGCUUUUAUCCAAAGCGACUUACAGUGCACUUAUUACAGGGACAAUCCCCCCGGAGCAACCUGGAGUUAAGUGCCUUGCUCAAGGGCCCAACAGUGGCAUCUUGGUGGUGCUGGGGCUUGAACCCCCAACCUUCUGGUCAGUAACCCUGAGCCUCAACCACUGAGCCACCACUGCCCCACUGCAUCAGUCAAAUCCAUUAUUGCAUGAAAUGUAUAUGUAUAGCCUAUAGGGGAGACCGGGGCUGGGUAUCACUCAGGGAAGUUGUCAAAAGGGCUAGAUCAGGCUGGCUAAAUCUCAUCAACUACUGUAUAAGGUUUUGAGUCAAAAGUCCAAUUCCACAAUAAUUUUUCCAGUAGUAGAGUUUUUUAUGUUGCUUUCAAACAUCUGAUUCAAAACUGAUUAUUUUAACCAAACACCUAAUUCAAAAUAUAAUAUUUGUGAAUCCUAUCCUAGUCUACGUAUAAUUUCAAUAUCACCAUAUUUCAGAAUAGGGAAAGUUAUCUGUUUUUAUUGGGGUAGGUUAUCACAUUUUAAAUGUCACAAGUUAACGGAGUAUAUCAAUUACAAUGUUUGUUGGCCAAAACAGUGGUUUUUCAUUUUUGUACAUUACCCAUGCUUCAUAAUUGUUUUACUUUUUAUUUAGCUUUAAAGCCUAUAAAAAAAUGCCUGCAGUAUAUAAUAAAAUUUACUUUCAAGAAUAAAUUUACCCUAGACAUGUUUUACCAGAGUAAACUAGUAAAACUAGGCAACUAGCCCAUCUCCCCUAUCUGAAACGUGAAUAAUGUAUGAAACAACACAUCACUAACAUAUAUCAACUAUUUGACUUUUUAUCGUUUCGAAAACUUUCAACACUUAAUUGAAAAAAUCCUUUUAAGAUUUACACAUUUCAAUUUCAAAUUGUAAUUUUGUAAUAAAAUAAAAUAAAUAUUAAUUUAAUUUAGUUAAACGAUACGCUUUUCAGUUUGAUGGAACAUUGUUCUGAAAUCGAAUUGUAUAAAUCUUAAAAAUAGGGUAAAAAUAAGAGUUUUUCUUUUUUAAUUUAUUUUUUUGUUCUAGAAUUAUGUUUGUAUUACUUUCAUUGUGUCACCGGUCACCUAUGCUUAGUCUGAAUGAAAAUAACUUUAAACGUUUGAGAUAAAAUGGGAUGAAGUGAUUAAAUACAAAUUAUAAGAAUACAUUUUUUUUAUCUAAUAUACACGGGCAGCCAAAAGUUUGGAAUAAUGUACAGAUUUUGCUCUUAUGGAAAGAAAUUCGUACUUUUAUUCACAAAAGUGAAAAAAAAAAAAUCAAAUUCAGAACUUUUUAAACUGCUUCAAAGAGUUCUCAUCAAAAAAUCCACCACCUGCAGCAGUGACAGCUUUGCAGACCCUUGGCAUUCUAGCUGUCAGUUUGUCCAGAUACUCAAGUGACAUUUCACCCCAAGCUUCCUGUUGCACUUGCCAUGUUUGUCACUUCUCACGCACCUUAGUCUAGCUGAUCCCACAAAAGCUCAAUAGGGUUAAGAUCCUUCACACUCUUUUACAAUUAUCUGUUGUCCUAUGUCUGUGUUUCUUUGCCCACUCUAACAUUUUCUUUUUGUUUUUCUGUUUCAAAAGUGGCUUUUUCUUUGCAAUUCUUCCCAUAAGGCCUGCACCUCUGAGUCUUCUCUUUACUGUUGUACAUGAAACUGGUGUUGAGUGGGUACAAUUCAAUGAAGCUAUCAGCUGAGGACAUGUGAGGUGUUUCUCUAUUUCUCAAACUAGAGACUCUGAUGUACUUAUCCUCUUGUUUAAUUGUACAUCAGGCCUUCCACAUCUCUUUCUGUCCUUGUUAGAGCCAGUUGCCCUUUGUCUUUGAAGACUGUAGUGUACACCUUUGCAUGAAAUCUUCAGUUCUUUGGCAAUUUCAAGCAUUGUAUAGCUUUCAUUCGUCAAAACAAUGACUGACUGAGAGUUUCUAGGGAAAGCUGUUUCUUUUUAUUGCCAUUUUUUACCUAAUAUUGACCUUAAGACAUGCCAGUCUAUUGAAAACUGUGGCAACUCAAAAACAAACACAAAGACAAUGUUAAGCUUCAUUUAACAAACUAAAUAGGUUUCAACUGUGUUUGAUAUAAUGGCAAUUUAUUUUCUAGUACCAAAUUAGCAGUUGAGCAUGAUUACUCAAGGAUAAGGUGUUGGAGUGAUGGCUGCUGGAAAUCGGGCCUGUCUAGAUUUAUUCAAAAAUGACUUUUUUUCAAAUAGUGAUGGUGCUGUUUUUACAUCAGUAAUGUCCUGACUAUACCUUGUGAUCAGUUGAAUGCCACUUUGGUGAAUUAAAGUACCAAUUACCUUCCAAAACAGCAAAAGCAGUACAUUAUUCCAAACUUUUGGCCACCAGUGUCCAUUUGUAUAUAACAUUUAACUUUUCUUUAUAAAUGCAUUUUCUCUUAAACUGUAGCCUACUAAUUGUGUUUAACUAUUUUGUGCCACUAAAUAAUGAGCAAUAAGUAUGGUUCUGUAGAAAAGUUUUCUACAACGCUACACUUGUUGUUUGUUUUAAUAGAGAACAGAAAUAAAGUUUUGUGCUUUGUUUUUCAUUCAUUUUAUUUUUAUUUUAAGUGAAUUUUAAAAUGUUAUUAAAAUGAGGAUGCUGUGAGAUAAUUUCCAUCUGUGUGGAUUGGGGCUUUUGAAACUAUAAUCCUUUAAUUUUAAGCCCUUGUUUUUGGAUUUUAUUUUUUUUUAAUUUUAUUUAUUUUUUACCAUCCUGCAAAACAAUCUCUUGUCGUUUGUUGAAUGUUUAUUCCCUGACCCUUUGAUGCAUCUUUUGACUCAAAAGUUAAUCUUAACAUCACAUCAUGUUUUGCUAUAUUAUAUCACUAAAUUUCAUUAUGCCUCACAGAAUCAGCUCUACAUAUUCAGCUCCCAAGGACCCAAGAAAUCCAAACAGACUAAUCAUAGGAAAGUUAUGCAAAUGUUUAUAAAAGUUUAGGUAUUUCUGAACAGUAGGCUGCACUGUCAUCACACUUUUCAGAAGUGACUUUCACUUUAACAUUCAGCUACCUACUGGAUGGGCUAGUCAGAGAUGGAGAUGUAUAGUAAAAAUGAUUAAAUAUUGAUCUGUUUCUAACCCACACCUAUCAUAUCACUACUGGAGAUAUGGAUUGAACCACUGGAUCACUUUUAUGAUGGCUUUUUGGAGAAUUAAAGUUCUGGUCACCAUUCACUUGCAUUAUAUGGACCUACAGAGCUUAAAAUAUUCUUCUAAAAAAAUGUAUUUGUGUUCUGCAGAAGAGAGAAAGUCAUACACAUCUGGGAUAGCAUGAGGAUGCGUAAAUGAUGAGAGAAUUUUCAUAUUUUUGUGAACUAUCCCAUAAAGUUAUUUUCAUAGUAAUUGAUCAUUAUGAUUUGUUGACCGUGAUUAGUGAUAUCAUACAUUUGCACUGAAUUUAUUCACAGAUGUUAGAUGAGCUUCUGCCCAACCCAUACUAAGUAUGUUUCUGAAAUCUCAUAAUUGAAUCUUAAUCAUGGUGUUGGGUUAAACAUGCUCUGUGUGAUACUUUUCAUUUCUGUCUCAAAUUUUAGUUCACAGAAACUUUAUUCUGAAUAAAAUCUCACUCUGUGA